AUGCCAAAGGGCUCAUUCUGCAAGGUCAACAUCUCGAACCCCGUCACGGGUGCCAACAAGAGCCUCAUGAUAGAGGACUUCCGUAAAUCGCAGACUAUACACGGCCUCCGCAUGGCGUCGGAGUUCGACGGCGCUGCACUCGGAGAGGAGUACGCUGGAUGCACGUUCCGCAUCACUGGGGGGAAUGAUGCCCAGGGAUUCCCCAUGUACCAGGGUGUCCUGAAGAGCCAGCGCGCACGCCUUCUUCUGAGGCAGGGUGCUAAGUGCUACCUUCACCGCCGCAACGGUGAGCGAAAGCGCAAGUCUAUACGCGGUUGCAUCGUUGGCCCCGAUCUCCACGCCCUCUCUGUCGUUCUUGUCGACGCAGGGGACAAGACUCUUCCGGGCCUCACUGAUGUCGUCGUCCCCAAGCGCCUCGUCCCCAAGCGUGCAUCCAAGAUCAGACGCCUCUUUGGCCUUCCGACCACCAAGGUUGAUCCCAAGGACCAGAUGCUUGUCUGCGAGCUGAUCAAGGAGCUCGGGCACGAAGUGACUCUCAAGAAUGGUGAGAAGAAGCUCAAGUACCCAAAGGUCCAGCGUGUUGUAACAGACGAGAAGUAUGCUCGCAAGCAGAGGGUCAUUGCUGAAAAGAAGGAGAUCAUGAGGAAGUCUUUGCAGCAGCUUGAGGAGUACAAGGCUCUCCUCAGCAGAAUGGGCAAGCAGCACAAUAUCAGGAUAUACAAGCCUGCUAAGAGGACGGUUGAGUAA